CAAAAAUUUGGUCAGUUGUCCUAGGAGAUUCAGAACAAACAGUUUAUUCUUCAGAAUAUGACAAAAUCAUAAGCAGAAUUGAGUGUCACCUACCCUUGUUUGACAAAACAUUUGAGUAUUGGUAAUUAUAUUGAUAGAUGGCAUACCUUAUUAUACAUUGAGGAGAUUCAAAAUAACAUUAAUAUGAGAGCUUAUGACAUACCAAAAGCAUUUUUGAUUAGGUGCCAAGAAUAUCUGGGCCUUGAAAUUAAGGGUCUGUCUGAGAAACGACCAUCUUUGAUCCAAGGGGAUAGAGUAAUAGUCAAAGAUGUUUGGAACCCUAAUGCAUCCAAUUAUGAAGGUUACAUUCAUGUCGUCAAGGGUGAUAUGGUAUUAAUGAAGUUUCAUCAACAAUUUCACGAAUCUUAUAGCGGGAGCGAUGUAUCUAUUGAAUUUCAUUUUAGUAGAAUGUCUUAUAGAAGAGCGCAUCAAGCGAUCAAUUUAGCUCUUUCCAAUUUGGGGGUAGAUGUAUUAUUUCCAUCUCGUGUUUUAUCUCGAACGCCACAGCUUACACGUGAGGCAUUAGACAAUGUCUCAUGGUUUAAUAAAAAUUUAAAUGUGGAACAAAAAUUAGCUAUUACUAACGUAUUAUUGGGGGAGUGUCGUCCUUUACCUUAUUGUAUAUACGGGCCACCAGGUACAGGGAAAACAGUUACUGUGAUAGAAGCAAUAUUACAAAUAUUAAGCCUCUUACCUGACAGCAGAAUUCUCGUAGCCACCCCAUCAAACAGUGCAGCUAAUUUAGUCACGGAAAGACUUAUACAAUAUAGCAAUGUUUUUUCGGGAUCUGUUGUUCGGCUCCUUGCAGCCCAUUUAGUCGGUUCUGACAGUAUACCCGAUAUCAUAAGACCAUUUUGUGCCACACUUGACAUAGCUAGAGAAAACACAGUAAAAUCGAGGCAUGUUGUGGAGAAUGGUAUCAAUUUGAACUGUCAGACCUCAUUUAUUGGGCGGCAUCGUGUUACAAUUGGAACGUGUUAUAAUAUUGGAACGUUAGCACAGAUGGGUCUUCCAAAAGGCCAUUUUACCCAUGUCAUAGUAGACGAAGCCGGUCAAGCGACAGAACCAGAAAUUAUGAUACCUUUAACAUUCACUGACAAAGAAAAUGGACAGAUAAUUCUAGCCGGCGAUCCAAUGCAGCUGGGACCAGUGAUUAUGUCAAGAUAUUGUAAAGAAUUUGGCAUGGACGAAUCUUAUUUGAGUAGGAUACUCGAUACAUUCCCAUACCAAAAAGAUUUCGAUGCCUAUAAUAAUGGAUAUAAUAAUAAAUUAGUAACAAGAUUGAUAGAUAACUACAGGUCGUUGAAGGAGAUUUUGACUCUGCCAAGUGCAAUGUUUUACGAUGCGUCUUUGGUGGAAAAAAUAGAAAGGUCACAGCCCUGGAUUACAGAAAUGUUAAAUGUUGUUUCCGAGAUAUUUGGUAGCAACGAAAAAGCCACUGGUGGUAUUUAUGUGUAUGGCAUAAAAGGAUGUAAUAUGAGAGCUGAAGACAGUCCUUCUUGGUACAAUCCUCAAGAGGCAUCCAUGCUAGCAUUAACAGUUUGUAAACUCUACAAGAAAAAUAUAAAGCCGACAGACAUUGGAGUUAUAGCACCAUAUAUAGCACAGAUAAAGUAUAUUCGUAUGUUGUUCGACGCAAUGGGGCUGCCUCAGGCUAAAAUUGGUACAGUUGAAGAAUUCCAGGGACAAGAACGGCCCAUUAUUCUUAUAUCAACGGUUAGGUCAACUGAAGCGCAUUUAUUCGAAGACCAAAGGAAUACUCUAGGUUUUGUCAAGAAUCCCAAAAGACUGAAUGUCGCAAUUACUAGAGCGCAAGUAGCUGCAAUCGUAUUUUGCGAUCCAACGCUGUUAUCUCGAGAUCCUUUGUGGCAAAGAGUAGUAAAGUAUGCUGUUGAAAACGACAAAUACAUUGGAUGCGAUUUGCCCUAUGAGUGUCAACAACAUGGACAAUAAAAUAUGUAUUACUGUAUA